AUGGGUCAUGAAGGAACAGAUCAAAAAUGCUAUGAUACAAUUGUAGAAUUCGCUGCACGGAUGGGAAUGAUACCACUUAAGCUCAAGAAGGAGCAACCAGGAUACAUCUUGAACUCAUUACUUGUUCCAUUAUUAACUUCAGCCCAAGUUUUAUUUGCCAAUGGUGUUGCUGAUUUUGAAACCAUUGAUUUAACAUGGCGCCUAGCAACUGGAGCUCCAAUGGGCCCAUUCAAAAUACUUGAUAUUGUUGGGCUUGAUACAGCUUACAAUAUUGUAUCAAUGAAUCCACUAUCAAAGGAUCAAACAAGUGCUCACUACAAAGUCGUUCAGAUUCUUAAGGAAUAUAUUGAUAAUGGUAAGAAAGGAAUUUCAACUGGCGAAUGA